CCUUUAUUACAUCACCACGCGUCAUCAUGGCGGCUGUGUAGCGAAGCGACAUGUGCCCGCUGUGAUCCCCAAGCUUUCGGGUUAAAUCCGUUCCACAAGCGAGAAAAAUACCUUAGCUACACUCCAAACCUGGGGAGGACAGUUGGUCGUUAUCUGAACAUUUUGUUUUCUAGUUACGAUUUCUGUAACUUCGCGUUACGAUGGAAUGCGGAGGACAACUUGAUGACACGGACAAGUUACCUCAGAGGCAUCUGCCCACAGCUCAGAAGAAGUGUGUGCGGUGUGGAAAAGCCGCCGUGCUUGUGGUGCAGACGAGUGCCGCAUUCUGCAGGGAGUGUUUCCUCAACUACUUCACGCACAAGUUCCGCUCCGGGCUGGGAAAGACGAGAGUGGUGCAGCCGGGAGAGAGGGUUCUGUUGGCUUUCUCUGGAGGGCCGUCCUCGGCUGCCCUUCUUCAUCUGGUCAAGCGAGGCAUGGAGGAAGGAACUCAGAAGAAGAGACUCCGAAUCGAGCCGGGCUUAGUCUUCGUAGAUGAGGGCUCUAUCGUCCAAGGGUUUGAUGUAGGUCAGCGACAGAAAGCUGUGCAAACAGUUUCUAAGCUAGCAGAAGAUACUGGUUUCCCAGUCCACUUCGUCAUGUUGGAGGAUGUUCUCACUGAUGAGCACUCUACAGAGACAGAUCCGCUAGUUACAGUGUCAGACUCUGAGGAAACAUCACAAGAUACAACUGAAGAUGUAGAAAGGCAGGUGAAGUCGCCGUCUAUUGACGACUCAAGUGCAGACAGGUUAAAGAGACUGUUUGAGGACGCAAAGUCUCUGACAGCCAAAGAAGACUUACUGCAGAUGCUCCGUUCUAAACUGCUGGUCAGAGUGGCCAGGAUGCACGGUUACACUAAAGUCAUGGUUGGUGACAGUGGCACCAGACUGUCUGUGCGCAUCAUGGCUGACAUUGCCAAAGGUAGAGGAGCAGCUCUUCCUCUCAACACCGGAUUUGCUGACGACAGGCAUGGAGACGUUGUCAUAGUUCGACCAAUGAGGGACUUCAUUGCAAAGGAGAUUUCUAUGUACAACACCAUAUGCCAGGUGGAGUCCGUGUUCCUGCCCAUGCUAACAACAAAAGUGGCUGAAAAGGCAAGCAUCGGCCAUCUGACAGAAGCCUUCAUCAGCGGGUUACAAGUGAACUUUCCCUCCACCGUUAGUACUGUGUUCAGAACAGGGGCCAAACUUGGUGUGUCACAUGAUCAGCCAGAAGGACACAAGAGGUGUGCCAUGUGUAAGGCACCCUUGGACACUGGACAGACACCAUUACAGUCUAGUGUGUAUAAGACAUCUCUGGCACCAGCGGGUGAUGAUAGUGGUGAAUGUGUGGCAACUGGUCAGGAUCUAGGCCCAUCUCUCUGCCAUGGCUGCUCUCUCACUGUAGCAGACUUGGGUGACUGGUCAACUCUGCCAGACCAACUGUACGCAUGAGGACUGGCAUACAG